UGUGUCGAGGAUAUUUUAUUGUGAUUAAUUUAAUUUUAUUGAAAUAUCAUAACUUAACAAUGGUGUAUUAGUGGUGAAAUUAUUAAGAAACUCAUAUAUUAGGCUUACGUGACUAAUUAUUUACACGAAACAUGCCUUCUUUAUUAAGUAUCAAGAUAAAAGACUCGUUGCCAGUGGAGGCUGGUAUCGAUUCCUCCACUAAGGACAGCCUUAUGAAGAUAGAUGGGUGCUACAAUAGGAACAUAUUCAAUAAUAAGACUAUAGUGAACUCGCGUCGUGCGCUACAGUCUGGGGCUGAUAAAAUAUCUAAAACAUUCAAAAGCAUGAGAAAUACUUUCGACAACUUGUCUCAGCACUUUCGUUCUGGACGGAGAAGACAUAGGCUGGCCGAAACGAGCUCGCCCUGUAGGACUCCUUCUACACCAGUUAAAAAGAAACAGAUUCUGGGAAGAACUCCAGCUAAAUUGUACAGCCCAUUUGGGAUAGAGACACCUCACAACCGAGAUUUCAGGAUGUCGCCAUACAUGCCUGAUACUCCAGAGCAUGACUUAUCACCAAAGCGUCGUAAGGGAGUUCCAUGGCAUGUUUUAACGAAGAAAAGGCCACGGGCACUCUUCCAUUAAACGAAAAAUUCAAUUUGCUGCAAAAUACCCAAUUUACUAUGGUAGACCAAAAACUAUGUUACACUAUUUUAUAAUAUGAAGUACUAUGUUCCCAUAUCUGUUAGGUAUUCAAUAUAAUUAUUGUAAUCUGGUUAAAUUUGCUCAGCAGGAACAAUUGAUAACUACAUAUUUUUAACAUUACCAAAGAUAAUUUUAUAACAAUAAUUCGGCAGCUCGCAUAAAUACGAUGAUAAUAUUAUUAACAUGUAGUUCUCAAGUGUUCAUUGCUAAGCUAAUCUAAGGUUGGAUACUUAUCUAGUCCAUUACAGUUAGCCUAAAUGACACUGACGGCUGACCAGACAGUGCAAACUGAGACAAUUUUACUGGCGGACAGCACUAUCCCGCAACUCCACUCGGUAGGUGUAACGGCCCAUACCACGAAACGGUUUUGAGACUCAAACAAUCAUACGAGAAUGCCGAGUCCAUAUUCAUAUAUUCAUAUUUCUUUAUUUGCUUCAAAAGUGGUACAUUUUGGUGUUACAGUCCUACUCUAACAAACGUGAAAUGACGUUGUUAGAGCAGGACGCGGCAUUC